CACCACCACCACCUCUACCACCGCCGCUACGACGACGACGACCCCCCAUUGGACUCGCUGACUGCCGCUCCUGCAUCUCCCUCACCGUCGCCAUGUCCAUCUCCUCUCGCGCGGCGUCUUCGCUGGUGCGUGGCGCCGGUCGCCAGACGCUGCCCGCCCUGCGCACCUCGACCACCGCCAUCCAGAAGAACACCGAGAGGACUGCCUCGACCGAUGCCUCGACAUCGCACGCCGAGUUCAAAUCCCCCUUCUCCCGCGGCUCGAGUAGCAAGCCGGACACCACCAACAUCCCGUCCUUUAAGAGCUAUCGCAACAAGGGCAGCGAGACGAGCAACAAGAUGUUCCAGUAUUUCAUGGUCGGCGCAUUUGGUGGUAUCUCGGCUCUUGGAGCCAAGAACACUGUGCAAGACUUCCUGGUAAACAUGUCCGCAUCUGCCGAUGUCCUGGCUCAGGCCAAGGUCGAGGUCGACCUCGCAUCCAUCCCCGAAGGCAAGAAUGUCAUCAUCAAGUGGCGUGGCAAGCCCGUCUUCAUCCGUCACCGCACCGCCGACGAGAUCAAGGAGGCCGAAGACUUGGACUGGAAGACGCUUCGGGACCCACAGCCUGAUUCAGACCGUGUGAAGAAGCCGGAAUGGCUCAUCAUGCUGGGUGUCUGCACCCACUUGGGUUGUGUGCCCAUUGGUGAGGCGGGAGACUAUGGAGGAUGGUUCUGCCCGUGCCACGGUUCUCACUACGAUAUCUCGGGUCGUGUAAGAAGGGGCCCAGCACCAUUGAACUUGGAAGUGCCAGCGUACGACUUCCCAGAAGAUAAUGCGCUCGUCAUUGGUUAAGCGCGGGGACGGGAGUGGACAUGAGAGGGAGAAAAAGACGUCGAGUGUAGCUGGGAAUGAAGACAGGUGGUAUACGCUGAGCCAGACAGGCGCGGCCCUUGUACAGUUAAAGAUACAUCAUCUUGUUUUAGCGCUGGUGAGAUCAGGUCUGUAAAAGAGGUCACAUUUACGCGCUAUCCC